UGCAACACAACCGAGUUAAUUGAAGACGAUGACAUAAAAUCAACCAAUGAUAGUGACAGUGGAGUGGAAAAAAAUGUUUUUAAUCACGGGGAAAAUGCUUAUUUUGAAUGUGCGGAUAAAGGCCAGUUUACUGGGUCCGCUGUGGGUACAUGCGACAAUGGCACAUUAUCAGUGAGCAGUGACCCAUCAUGUUUAGCUUACUGUCCAGUGCCUGCUGAUGAAGAUGGCAUGAUUGGCGACGGGCUGUACUACGACAUUGCCGACGUCCCUGAACUCAAUGAGACCACCACUAUCUACUAUGGGAACAAUGACGUAAUUACUUAUAAGUGCCUAGAUGGGUACGUCGGCCCCCAAAACUGCUCAACUCCUGACUGCAGGAGUACAUGUGAAGAUGGAUCGUGGAAUCCCGAUCCACCUGAAAUUCUGGUGUGCGUUGGACAAAAUAGUAACAAUGCGACAAUACAGACACCAAGCCAAAUAUCAACAGAUGUCACGAGAUCAUCAGCCAGGCUUCCAACUACAAUGAGCUAUGAUUUCACUACCAAUACUCUUAGAAUGUCAACUACUGAAAUUGAUGAAUGCUCUUCGAACCAAUGCCAGAAUAACGCCACCUGUGUGGAUCAGAUCAAUGGAUACCUAUGCGAAUGUGCUGAAGGAUUCAACGGAACCAACUGCGAUAACAAUAUUGAUGACUGUGUAAGUCAUCCCUGCCAGAAUGGAGGAACUUGUGAGGACAAAAUAGAUUCGUACGAAUGUCAAUGCCUUGACGGUUUUAAUGGUGAACUUUGUGAAAAUGAAAUGACGACCAUGGUGAUGAUGACGACGACAGAAAACGUUACAGCGACUGAAAGUGGCUUGACGACGGUCACUGAUGAUGUGACAAUUACCACUUCAGGUAUGACGACAUCAAUUACCGGCGCGACCACUGUCACUUUAGAUGUAACAACGGUCUCCGUCACGUCAGAUGCUACCACAGACACUCCUGAUACUUCCACUGUCCUGUCGGAUGCUACGACAGUUAAUGCCGACGUGACCACUGUUACAUUUGAUGUUACGACGAUAACUCCUGAUGUGACCACGGCCAUGUCAGUCACUUCUGACGUGACCAGUGUCACAACAGAUGUGACAACUGUCUUGUCUGAUGUUACGACGGUCACUCUUGAUGUGACCAAGGUCACUCCGGAUGUGACCACGGCCAUGUCAGUCACUUCUGAUGUGACCAGUGUCACGUCAGAUGUAACAACUGUUAUUCCAGGCAUUACAACCGUCACUCCCAACACAACCACUUCCCUUCCCGACACAAGCACUGUCAUUUUAGAUGCGACCACGACCAUUUCAGAUGCAUCCACUACAACUCCGGAUGCGUCCACUGCCAUUUCUGAUGGAACUUCACAUAUACCAACCGCAACCCAAGCCACAACAGUAUCGUCCACAACGGUUCCAGCGAUAUCUACUUCUACAACAGCGUUGCCAGAGACGACAGAGGCCAGCUCUGUUCAAUCAACAUCGCCUCUAGCAAGGGAGACCACGACAACUACACCAACAACACCCAAGAGAACAGAAAAGCCCCACACUACUCCUUUGCCUUGCAAAGGAGAGUGCCUACCCACCCAGGUGUGUAACGUAAGGAACAACAGGUGCGAAUGUAGAUCGGGAUACUAUGAAGAUGAAACAGACUCAGAAACCCCGUGCAAAGAACCGGUCAGUAUCGACGUAAUCCUUACGAUCACUAAGGUCAGCGGUACAGCUGCUAAUUUUACUGAAGAAUUAAAUAAUUCAACGAGUAAAGAAUUCAAAGAGCUUGAAAGCGAAGUCUGUCAACCGUUUAAUGAGAUUUACGCCGACGAUCCUGAGUUUUUGGGAUGUCAAGUACUUAAUUUCAGUAAAGGCAGCAUUAAAGUCAACUAUGUUUUGAAGUUUGCUGAAAAUACAACACAGAAUCCCUCAACUGUCAAUCAGACGAUACAGGAUAAACUUGUAAAUUCUAAUGGAUCAUUUGCUGACGAAUUCACAAUUGACCCCGAUACCAUCGUCGUUGAACCUUUGAACGAAUGUAACAAGGAACUUGACGAUUGUGAUGGAAACGCAGAGUGCAUAGAUUACGAUGAAAAAGGAUACACGUGCGUAUGCAAUCCUGGAUAUGAAGAUAGUGUUAAAAGUUUGCCCGGCCGAGACUGUAUUCCACGUACAUCAACCGAACCUCUAUCGACUGAGUCCCAGACAAAUAAACCCGAGACUACCACAGAGCCUGAAGAAGCAGGACUAGUGCCGUGGAAUGUGAUAGUUGGCGUAACGGUACCCAUCGUUGGUAUAUUGACCAUCACUACCAUCGGGUUGACCUGUUGGCAGUACCGACGUCAGCACCGGACGUCGCCGUCGCCCUCGAAAAAGAUGAAUACCUUUCCUUACGAUGAAGAAGAUAAAAGAAACUCUUCUGCAAGACCGGAUAGUAUGAGGAUUAUAAAUAGCGACGGCACAGUACAAGAGGUGGUUUUACCGUGGCGCAAUUUCGUACCCGAGGCCGAGUUCAUCUUCGGACAGGACAGCAACAAAAGACAAACACAAAUGCUCCCCAUGGUCGACUACCCCAACGACUACUCCGGGUCGACUUCGGAUGAAAAUUACCCAAUGAGAAACAUCCAUGAUGCAUAUGACAACUACACCUACGAGCACCACGAUACAAGAAGAAACACAUCUGAAAUAGAUCAUGUAGAUACUGGCAAUUUUUUCUGAACGAACAUAAAUUUUGUAUAUAAAUUGAAAUUUUCAAUGAAAUUUGUAAAAUAAAAUAAAAAUAACAUGAAAUAAAAUAAUAUGAAAUAGAAUUUUAAUCUCAUUUAAUAGUGUCUUACAAAUCUUAACUGAGAUAUUCUGGAAUAAUCUUAUUAUGCAAUGAACUUCCUCAGAGAAAAAAAUUAAAUGAAUGAAUGUAAUUUCUCUAAAAAUUAUUUUUAUAUAUAACACUCUCGACAGAAUUUUCAAUUCUUUUAGAUGAUCACCAGGCAAUGAAAUAAAUAAAUAAAUUUUGUAUUUCAUUGGGUAUUUUUAAACAGGGCACAUGGCAAAAAAGACUCUGUGAUUGACUUGAUUAAAUACAAUCCUUGCAUGGCUAACAUUUAGAAUGACAACAUAUCAUCAGAGUUCUCUCUCUUCCUCCCUACCCCCCUCCCCCGCUCUCCUUAUAUUUCUCUCCCUCCCUCUCCCCCUCUCUCUCUUUCGCCGUCCCCUUUCUCUGAUUUUAGAAUUAUAUUGUUGUCUCGAUUUUAAUGUUUUUGGUUGAUCAAGACAAUUAUCAAAUGGAUUUUCGUUUCUCCGUCCGAUUCUUAUUAUGAUUAUGCUAUACUUUAUCAUGCUCAUUGUAAUGCAUAGGGGGUAGCCUGAAUAUACGUCCCACUCAUAGGAUUAUUUUUUUAUACAUUAUGUUGGAAUUUUAAUGUUGGUAUUCGGAUUCUUGUAUUGUUCGCCAUAUAUUAUUUUCAUUUCAUAUGUGUAUAUUACCAUUUGAUCUAUCUAUUUCAAUACUCGUUAUAUUAGGCAAACUGGAUGAGUUAGUACAGUAAUUUGAAUAGCCUGAUAUUAGACCGACUAAUUAUUAGACUAAUUGGUAAUUUAUUGGACCAAAUACUAAAUAGACAAUAUGACCUUAUUCAUAUGGAGUAAAUAUAACUAUAAUGUAUAUAAAUUCCAAAUUAGAUUGUUUAACCAUCUUUUAUGUCCAGCUAGGAUGGUCAUUGUUACAUAGCUUAUUUAGAAAAAAAAAAGGUCAUUUAGCUCUGUGUAAACGUUUUGAACCUACUUAUUGGUCUUCCUAUUAUCUUAUUAUCUUAUAAUGGUCAACAUGCAUGACGAUAACUCUGUUCUGUGUAUUUAUAUUCUGUGGGGAUACAGUUCUUUUUCUUGGAAUGAUAGAGACUAUUGUUUUUUACAUUGUCAUUUAGGAUAAAUAUCCUUAAUUCAAAAUCAGAUUUUAAACCAACUAUUGACGUUCAGAAUGUCCAUUGGUUCUUGACAACUUGAUCAAAGUUAUUGACCUCUUAAUUCGUUUUUAAACUGAUAGGUCAUCCUUUUUUGCCAUGUUUAACAUGCAUGACGUUAAUUAUUCAUUUCACGUACUUUCUAUUGAGAUAAGUCUUAUUCUAGAAUGAUAGAGAGGAGGACUUUGUCUUUCACUCUCAUUGGGAUAAUAAUAAUACUGUCAAUUCAAAUUCCAAAACAGACUGUCUAACCAUCUUUUAUGAUGCUCAAAAUGUUUCUCUUUUAAAUAUUUUUUAGGGGUGGGAAGGCUUGGGUGAUUGUUUUUGUAUAUUCUUUCUUGAAAUGUAUUCGAUUAAUUUUUUUUUUUUUUUUCGUAAUCAUAUAUAUGUGUUGUACAUGCAUGUAUUUACGUUUUAAAGGACCCCAUUGAAGAACAUUGAUAUUUUGUUAAUACCGCUGAAAUGGGCCAUCCUCCAUAUUUUAUAUGAUGUAUACGAAUUUGAAUAUGUAUAUAUUUAAUUAUUUUAUAUGGAAAUAAAUACAAACAGACAAACAAACAGGGAGGGGGGGGGGUAAUCUAUUAGUACCAUACUAAUUUUAGAAUGCUGUAAAUCGUGUCUAUAUAUGCUUUUAUUUUUUUUAAUUUUUUUUCCAUUCACCUUGAUAAGAACAAAGAAAAUUGGGUUAUCAUUUUCUCUUAUUCAACUUCACGGCUUCAAAUUUUUACAGAGUAAAGAAGAAGAAAUACUCUUUCAGAUUAGUUUUUUUCUGAUUUUUGGAGACUAAAUUACUAUUUUGGCUUUUUAAAGAGAACCUUACCUGGCGACUUAUUGAUGAUUUUGGGGGUGGUAGGUUACAUAAAUACAUAGGGGCCUGAAACUGGGUUUAAAAAAUUUUGUAAUACAUUCUACCUAUUAAAUGAAAAGGAAAAAAAAAUCGAAA